AUGGGCAUGAUCACCCGGCCGCUGAUGAGGGGCGAUGAACCCGAUGCACUGCGCGAAGCGAUGUACGAGGCAGUUAAGACACUCUUCUGGGAUAAAGACUCCGUCUCCCGGCCUUCGCUGUCGCUGAUUCAAGCGGGUCUGCUUCUCGCUGUGUAUGAGUACGGACAUGGGCUGUUGAAUGCGUCCUUCGUCACUAUCGGCGUCUGCUCCAGUAUGGCGCAGCUAAGUGGGCUGUGUAAUCCGGGAUGUCCACCGUUACCUCGAACAGGAAGUUUGGUUUCUGAGGAUGAGAUGUUGCAUACUUGGUGGGGUAUUCUUGUUCAUGAACGCAUGCUCAGUCUGAAAACCAACCUUCCUGUCCGUCACCUGCACAUCCCGCCCCAGGUAAUGGACAACUUCACUCUUGAGGAGGAGAUCCGAUCUCUCAUGCCAAAAGUCCUUCUCGAUCCGCACUACCCGAGCUUCUAUCUCCAGGCUAGAGCGGCGCUUUGGCUUGACCGUGUCUUACAACUGGUUCGCAGUCCGACCGCUACAUCACCAGAAGGAAGAAUGCGGUUCCAAACGCUGGAUCGAGGGUUACUCCACUUCUUGCGGAUACUUGUUCAGUUGGGGCUGGGCACGUGCUGCGAGGCGAUUUCGAUCGGGAUGAAGUAUGUCGCUACAUCCUCAUCUUGUAUCUCGGGCCAAGAUCAAGAAGAGUCCGCGCAGGCUAUUAGAACACUCAUUACGGUUCUGUCUGAUAUAUCAGGUAACGAGGUGCAGGGGCAUGCUGUGCAGAAUGAGCCCGAUCGCCUGAUCGAGCCGUUCCCGUAUACUAUUACCAUGAUGUAUCAGCUGUUACUUGAGCUGAGG